CCCACCCCCAGCCCUGAGCACACCGCCUAUCGUGGGGUGAGGGUAUAGCUUAAACACGUUGCUUUAUAGAAAAGUAACAUAUAUGAAGUAGUUAAUGGGUUUAUCUGAUAAAUCUCGGCGCCAAACGUGACGUCUUCAGUUUAAAUCGGUUAGCGGUUCAGUUUGCCAGGCAUUGAUCCCGUGGCCUUCGACGUGUCGACAACGGUUUCCCUUCAACUCGUGGAGCCACAGUAAAAGAUACAACAAUAAAAGGAAAUUCUAACAAAUGGCAAGCAAUGGUUACGUCAACGAAAGCGAAACAGCGAAAGGACUUCACCUUCAUUCCAGAGGUUCUCAAAAUGGAAACGGAAAAGAGAACGUCAUUCUGUUGGGCAGUGGAGACAUGUCUAUGGCGCUGGCUAUCAAUUUCAUGCGAGCCAAACUGAACCCCGUGGUAGCGAGCCGGAACCCAGAGAGAGCAAGGAGCCGUCUGAAGAAAAUGCGGAACUUGGACGUCGACGUAGCAACCAUAGACGCUGGAAUCUCCCUGGGCGAUGUCGUGGUCGUGGCCAUUCCAGCCGAACAUCAUGGCUCCUUACCUGCCAAGGCUUUGAGAGGAAAAAUUCUCAUUGAUAUAAGUAACAGGUCUCCGUCAGAGCCUUCAGGAGGACCGAGCAAUGCUGAAAAGCUGCAAGAGCUUUUGCCCGAGAGUCAUGUGAUCAAAGCUUUCAAUACGUUGUCGUCUUACGCCCUCACCCAAGGAAACAUACAAGGCAGCAGAGAGGUCCCUAUCUGCGGCGAAUCUGAGGAAGCCCGCAACCGUGUCGCCGGUCUGGUGAGAGACAUAGGCCUAAUACCAGUGGACCACGGAGCCCUGAAGAACGCCAGAGCCAUCGAAGACAUUCCGCUGUCGUUUUUCCCGGAGUGGAGGACGGCCUUCAUUCUGGCGCCCUGUAUUUUCCUCUUCUAUUUCAUCGUCGUUCUGUUUGAGAAACAGCUUUGCCCCAACUUCGUGAAUGACAAUAACAGUACUUCGUGGGAUACUCAACCGUUCAAUUAUUUGCCUCUAUUGAACAUCCAGUUCAGUCUCGCCUACACUGCGGCGACGCUUCUUUUAGCUACCUACAUACCAGGUUGCGUCGCUGGCUACAUUCAGCUGUACCGUGGCACAAAAUAUUCCCAGUUUCCUGAUUGGCUGGACAGGUGGAUGAAAUCACGCAAGCAGUUCGGGCUAUUGGCUCUGUUUCUGGGCGGAAUACAUGGCUGCUCAGCCAUCUUCACUCAAAUGACCUGGGGUAUGAAUUACCCUGAGAAGUGGUAUGAGCAACUCUAUUGUAUGGCAGGGCCAACCCUGUUGGGGAUGUUGGCAAUCCUGGGAGUAACGUCUCUGCCUUCGGUGUCUGCGCGCCUCACUUGGCGGGAAUUUUCCAUCAUCCAGCGCUAUUUGGGAUGGACCUGCGUCGCCCUGGUCACCAUACACGAUGGCUUCAGCAACUUUAACUACUUGCUCGAAAGCCCAUCUUGCGUUUAUAUACCAACCACUGCACAGUUCACCGUAGUUUUAUGCCUGCUGACGAUACUCCUGAAGAUCCCACUGGUGCUCCCUUGCGUCGAUCAGUAUCUCACGAAGAUACGCAACGGAUACGAGAGGGGCUUGGCCAAGCCGUCGCCUGCGUAGAGUUUCACACAGUACUUAAUGACGUACAGAUAGUACUAGUAGGUACUCCGGUGGCUUCCAGGGUCGUAUUGUGAUUCGCAAUACAGUUGAAUUUUUGUCUUUAUGACUCACUCCGUUCGCCGGCUAUUGUUUUUUUCCCAGAUCCUUAUAACUUCAGCUCUUUCAAGAUGCAAGUGAAUUGCUUCGUUUGAUGUAUAGGGCCCGUUAUCUCUUCUUCAGGACAUUGGGCCGGUCGUGUCAAUGACCUGCUUUUUAUAUAUGAAAGUAAUAUUGGAACAUGGGGCUGCUCUGGAAACAGAUAGAAGGAAUAGCAGAAAAUAUCAUGGAACUAAAAAUAUCAGAAAGAGCAAGCAGAGGUAGAUUAAUAGUGCCCAAAACUAUACCAGGAAAAAUAAGGAAAGCACACAGGACAUUAAUCCACUACGCACCAGCAUCGAUAAUGCAGCGUCUAUUCAAUGCGUUGCCAGCUCAUCUGAGGAAUAUAUCAGGAGUGAGCGUAGAUGUGUUUAAGAAUAAGCUCGACAAAUAUCUAAACUGCAUCCCAGACCAUCCAAGAUUGGAAGAUGCAAAAUAUACCGGAAGAUGUACUAGCAACUCUCUGGUAGACAUUAGAGGUGCCUCACACUGAGGGACCUGGGGCAACCCGAACAAGAUGUAAGGUCUGUAAGGUAAGGUAAGGUCGUCAGUGAACUGCUUGUUUUUUCUUUUUGAAACUGUAACAUCGGGACAUUUGAUCGCUAGUGUCAAUGACCUCUUUUUAUUUAUAUAUAUGAAACUGUAAUAUUGGGUCAUUGGACCGCUCGUGUCAAUGACCUAUCUUUUAUACAAAACUGUAAUAUUGAGACAUUGGACCGCUCGUGUCAAUGGCCUGUUUUUUUUUUUAUAUAUGAAACUGUAAUAAUAGAACAUUGGGCCGCUCGUGUCAAUGACCUAUUUUUUUCUAUGCAACUGUAAUAUUGGGUCAUUGGACCGCUCGUGUCAAUGGUCUGUUUUUUAUAUGAAACUGUAAUACUAGGACAUUAGAUCGCUCGUGUCAGUGACCUUUUUUUUCAUAUAUGAAAUAGACAUUGGAAAUUGUAAUAUUGGGACAUUGGGCCACUCGUGUCAAUGACCUGCUAUUUUAUGUGAAACUGUAAACAUAAAAGUAAAAUAAACAGAUUGGCAUUGA